AUGACACGUCAUCAGGCCCGAUAUCCCAACUCGGACUGGGAACCCAAGACGCGAAGGAUGGUCGGGCCAAUGUAUAAUCCAACACCAUGGAUUUCGCCUACGUCUCCAGUCUACCCUCCUACUCCUGCUCCCGGUCCUUGGGAAGUUGAUCCUGGGGUAAUUUAUGAAAGACAACGUCUUGCGCAGAGACUCAACCAGUCACGUACCUCCCUAGAAGCCGAACUCCAAAGGAGACAAAACACUGAUGAGAGUCCGCAGUGGGAAUACGUCCCAGGUGAAGGAUACAGGCAAGUUGAACCAGGUCGUCGUUCGGGAGCUAACAAUCAGCACUACUCGAGAAGAGCAAACGAACAGCGUCGUGAAGACGAGCGUAGGUUUUUGAGGGAUGUUCAAUCUGAAGUUGCCAGGGAUAAUGGAUAUCCUCAGAUCGACAGAAGAGAGCCUCCGAAUACCAGAAGGGGCCCUGAUACUAAUUCUCGGGCCCCUGUUCCUGAUAUAUGGACUGAUGCUAGAGAAGCGCGGGAGUGGAUGGGAGAGGUGCAACGGGAAGUGAACCUUCGAGGAUCAUAUAUUAGGUUCCCCAGUGGGUAUACCAGUAGACGAGGUUCCUGGUCAAGAUAG